UUAAGAACUUUUGAGGAGGAUGAUGGAUGCGUUUGAGAUAUAAUUUAAGUAAUCGUGAGGAAGGCUGUGUUCUUGCGGGCGCGGGAUUGAAGGCAUGUAUAAGUAGUAGCGCCUUUCUAUCGCAAGCAAUUUCUGUGGAAUCUUCGCCACCAGAAAUGGAAGCUUUGAGCACAAAUGCAUCAGUUCCUUCCCCGAAGUUUGAACCUGAUAUCGAGAAAAUUAAGCGAACGCUCCUCCAGAAGGGUGUCCAUCCCACUCCCAAAAUCGUCCGCUCACUCUGCAAGAAAGAAAUUCAGAAGCACAAUCGCAAACUCAAGCGACUGGCCGAACGACAAGACGCUCAGUCGCCACCCCUUUCUGAGUCCCAGAAGCAGCUAAUCCAGGAGGAAACUCAAUUUCUGACGUUGAGAAGCGAGUACAAGGAGUUCUCUAAGGCCAUUGAGGCUAGACCAGCCGGUGGCUUGAUGGUCGGAAGGCCUUGGGAGAGACUGGAAAGAGUUAACCUUAAAGAGCUUACCGGUUUUAGAACGGAGUACAAUCGGGAUAAUCUGAAGAAGGAAAGUUUGAGAGAAUUGAGGAAGCUGUUUGAGGCUCGUAAGCUCGAGGAAUUGCAGUGGGUUUUAGACGACGAUGUGGAACUGAAGGACGAGUGGUUGGGUAGUGAAAAUGGUCAUUCUGACGCCGUGAAACGGAGGCGCGGCGACGGAGAGGUUAUUCGGUUCCUUGUUGAUAGGCUUAGUUCGAGACCAAUUUCCAUGAGAGAUUGGAAAUUCUCAAGGAUGAUGAUACAGUCAGGAUUGCAGUUUAAUGAAGGUCAACUACUUAAAAUUUUGGAUGCUCUUGGUGCCAAGGGAUGCUGGAAACAGGCCUUAUCAGUGGUUGAGUGGGUGUACAAUCUUAAAAGUCACAGCCAUUCUAAAAGCAGGUUUGUCUAUACAAAACUUUUAGCUGUUCUUGGGAAGGCAAGGAAACCACAGGAAGCCCUUCAGAUAUUUAAUUUGAUGAGAGGAGAUGGCCAGAUAUAUCCUGAUAUGGCUGCAUAUCACAGUAUAGCUGUGACGCUGGGUCAAGCUGGUCUCUUGAAACAAUUGCUGAAAAUUAUUGAAUACAUGAGGCAGCAACCGUCUAAAAAAGUUAGAAACAUGUGCCGUAAAUAUUGGGAUCCUGCAGUUGAACCUGACCUUGUUAUAUAUAACGCUAUUUUGAACGCAUGCGUUCCCACCCUUGAGUGGAAAAGUGUCUACUGGGUGUUCACACAAUUGAGAAAGAAUGGUUUAAAACCUAAUGGAGCAACAUAUGGACUUUCUAUGGAGGUUAUGCUGAAAUCUGGAAAGUAUGAGCAAGUUCACAUGCUCUUUACAAAAAUGAAGAAUAGUGGAUCAACACUAAAGGCAAAUACUUACAGAGUUCUUGUCAAAGCUUUUUGGGAGGAAGGAAAUGUCAGUGGAGCUAUUGAGGCAGUCAGGGACAUGGAACAAAGAGGAGUAGUUGGAUCUGCCAGUGUCUAUUACGAACUAGCUUGUUGUCUAUGCUACCAUGGGAGGUGGCAAGAUGCAUUAGUAGAGGUGGAAAAAAUGAAAACACUAUCACACAUGAAACCUUUGGUGGUGACCUUUACUGGCAUGAUCUUAUCUUCCUUUGAUGGUGGACAUAUUGAUGAUUGUAUAUCUAUUUUCGAGUACAUGAAGCAAAAAUGUGCACCAAAUAUAGGAACCAUAAACACCAUGCUUAAAGUUUUUGGUCGAAAUGAUAUGUUUUCUAAAGCUAAAGAUUUAUAUGAAGAAAUAAAGAGAAAAGCUGAUCAUUCCUCCCAGAGUAGUGCUGUUUCUUCUAUAGUCCCAGAUCAAUAUACGUAUGACUCAAUGCUUCAGGCAGCUGCGAGUGCACAGCAGUGGGAAUAUUUUGAGAAUGUAUACAGGGAAAUGGCUCUAUCGGGAUACCGGCUUGAUCAGAGUAAGCAUGCAAUGCUACUUGUGGAAGCAUCAAGAGCUGGGAAGUGGUAUCUUUUAGAUCAUGCAUUUGACACAAUCUUGGAAGCUGGACAGAUUCCCCAUCCACUGUUGUUCACAGAAAUGAUAUUGCAACUUACAACUCAAGAUAACUAUGAGCAGGCUGUCACCUUAGUUAGGACCAUGAGUUAUGCUCCAUUUCAAGUAAGUGAAAGGCAAUGGACAGAGCUUUUUGAAGGUAACACGGACAGAAUUUGUUGGAAUAACUUGAAGAAACUGUCGGAUGCUCUUAGCGACUGUGAUGCAUCGGAAGCCACAGUCUUGAACCUGUCGAGUUCGCUGCAAUCUCUUUGUAAACGUGGCAUACCAGAAAACGCCUCCCAGUCUAUAGCCAGUGACCAUGAUACAACGGAUGGACUACAACUUCCUGGACCUGAAAACAUGAAGAAUAUGAAGCUUCACCUAGAUCACGCCACUGAUUGUUGUGAAGGGUCAUUGGAUAUUAUUCCUGUUAACCAUGCAAGCUUGAACUGUGAUUCAGAGAUGCCCCCUUGGUCACUGAGUCUUUCUGAUGGUGUUUUAGAAACUGGCAAGUUUUCAGAUCGGUCCAACAAUGAGCGCUCAACUUUUGAUUUGCGUGAUGACAGCGAAGAUGAUGAGGAAGAACUUAGCAUGUUACUUGAUGGAUUUGAUGAUUCUUAUGAUUCAAACUUACCUUCUGUCGAUGAAAUACUGAAAACCUGGAAAGAGGAGAGGAAAAACGAUGGGUUAUAUCUCCACCCUUAAAAUAGCACACUUAAGUAGUGUCUUGUUUAUUGUCUGUAUAUGGUAGUACGUAUUUACACACUCUGCAUAUCCAUAGCUUUAAUAGUUAAUAUUGAGGCAGCCUUUUUCCAAAACGCA